AUGACGUUGCAUAGAGAGAAGCUUGUCGGCAAUUCCGUUUCCUUAAAGAUGCUGUUUGUUCGCUGUGUGCUGUGCUCCCUUGUGGAGAUCAUGGUUCUUCCAGUCACCAUUUUACAAUACAUCGGCUUCUGGGACCCUCUGUACAAGAGGUUUUUCCCAUACCUUAUGUGCAGAUUGGCCGCCGCUAUCAACGACAAGAUGGCUAAAGUGAAGAAAGAACUUUUCGGCCGGUUGCCGGACUUCGCCAGCUCCUCGGGGCUGACAGUCUUGGAAGUGGGCUGUGGCACUGGUGCCAACUUUCAGUAUUACCCCUGGGGUUGCAAGGUCGUCUGCACGGACCCGAAUCCGAAUUUCGAACAUAUCCUGAAGAGCAGUGGCGCCAAGAGCGCGCACAUCAAGCUCGAGCGGUUCGUGGUGGCGUGCGGCGAAAAUUUGAGCCAAGUGCCGAGCGACUCAGUCGACGCCGUGGUCUGCACUUUCGUGCUCUGCACCGCCCAGAACGUGGACGCGGUGCUGAAAGAGAUUAAACGAGUGUUGAGACCGGGCGGGGCACUUUUCUUCAUUGAGCAUGUGGCUGCUGACAAAGAAACAUGGCUGCACUUCAUUCAACAUGUGAUCCAGCCAGCGUGGCGUUACUUUGGGGAUGGAUGCUAUCUGACCAGGAACACUUCAGUAAACCUCGAGAAAGCCAAUUUCUCAGAAUUAAAUCUGAAGCACAUCAUUGCACCUGUGAUGAGUUUGGUCAAAUACCAUAUUCUUGGAUAUGCAGUCAAAUGAGAAGCUGGAUCAUGGGAACACCAAGCCUUGUAUCUGCUUGUCUGCUGUGAAUCGUUGAUUCAAAUUAGAAGUAUCAGUGCAAUAAUCCUUUGUCAAUUAAUUUUAAUCACCAGUCAUUAAGAUGAGUGCUUUUAAAUGUGCCUUUUUAAUCCACUAUAUCACACAGUGCUUUUAUCUGCAAUGGUAAUCAAGCAAAAUUCCAAAUUAUACAUCCAUGUCCAGGAUCAGUUUUCAUAUUUUAUUAUUUCAAUCAAAACUUUUCUCUGUAUCCUCCCAACCCACUCUGAACUAGAAUGUCAAAACAUUUUUUAAAAAAGAAGUCAAUUCUCUAAUCUCAAAUGAGGUGCUGCUUACCAAACGUUACAUUGUAAUUUGAAUAUAUUAAAUCGGACUUAUUUAUGAUAUGAUAUUAUUUUUAAUGUAAAUUACUUUGAAUCCUUUAUUACUUUCACCAUGAAUUGCUAUUCUGAUUUUAUAAAUAUGAAUAUUUAACUGCAGUAAAGAAUUCCACAGAUUCACUAUCCUCUGAGAGAAGAAAUUCCUCCUCAUUUCUGAUUUAAAUGUUCUUUCAUGAAUCACAGGAGUCAGGGAGGAUACCAGAGAAUUGGAAAAUGGGUAAUGCAACACCCCGUUUAAGAAGGGAGGGAGGCAGAAGGCAGGAAACUAUUGGCCAGUUAGCCUGACCUCAGUUGUUGUUAAGGUUUUAGAGUCUAUUAUUAAGGAUGAGUUUGUGGAGUAUUUGGAAGUGCAUGGUAGAUUAGGGCGGAGUCAGCACCGCUUCAGCAAGGGGAAGUCAUGUUUGACAAAUCCAUUAGAAUCCUUUGAGGAGGUAAUGACCAAUUAGACAAUGAGCCAGUGGACAUGAUCUAUUUGGAUUACCAGAAGGUCUUUGACAAGGUGCUGAAUAGGAAGCUGCUAAAUAAGAGAAGAGCCCAUGGUGUUAGGGGCAAGAUACUGGCAUGGAUAGAGGACUGACAGAAGGUUGAGAGUAGGGAUAAACGAGUCUUUCAGGAUGGCUAGUGGAGUUUGACAGGAGUCAGUAUUGGUACCACAACUAUUCACGUUUUACAUUAAUGAUCUGGACAAAGGAACUGAGGGCAUUCUUGCUAAGUUUGCAGAUGAUACAAAGAUAGGUGGAGGGGCAGGUAGGGUUGAGGAAGCAGAAAGGCUGCAGAAGGACUUGGAUAUGCUAGCAGAGUGGGCAAAGAAGUGGCAGAUAGAUUACAAUGUGGCAAAGUAAGAAAUUAUACAUUUUUCUGCGAAGAUUACAGGUGUUGACCAUUUUCCAAACUGGAAAAGGCUUCGGAAAUCUGAAACACAGAGGUACUUGGGAGUCCUAGUUCAGAAUUCUCUUCACGUUGACAUGCAGGUAUAAUUGGUAGUUUGGAAGGCAAAUGCAAUGUCAGCAUUAAUUUCAAGAGCGGAGAUGCUGAUGCUGUAUAAGGCUCUGGUCAGACCACGUUUGGAAUUUGUGAACAGUUUUGGUCUCCAUAUCUAAGGAAAAAUGUGCUGGUGUUGGAGGGGAUCCAGAGGAGGUUUUUCAAGAAUGAUUUGGGAUGAAGGGCUUAUCAUACGAGGAAUGUUUAAAGACUCUGGGUCAUUACCUGAUUGAGUUUAGUAGGAUGACAAGGGGGAUCUGAUUGAAACUUACAGAAUACUGAGAGGCCUGGAUAGAGUGUACGUGAAGAAAAUGUUUUCACUGGUAGGAGAGACUAAAACCUAAGGUCACAGCCUCAGGUUGAAGGGAUGGCCCUUCAGAACUGGAAUGAAGAAGAAUUUCUUCAGCCAGAGGGGAGUGAAUCUGUGGAACUCAUUUCUGCAGAUGGCUGUAGAGGUCAAGUCAUCGAGUGUAAUUAAGGCAGAGAUAGAUAGGUUCUUGAUUAGUAAGGGCAUCAAGGGUUAUGGGGAAAGGCAGGAAAAUGGGAUUGAGAAACAUAUCAACCAUGAUUGAAUAGCAGAGCAGACUCGAUGGGAGGAAUGGCCUAAUUCUACUCCUCUAUUUUAUGGUCAUAGAGAUGUACAGCAUGGAAGCAGAUCUUUUGGUCCAACGCAUCCAUGCAUGACUCCCUUAUUCUGAGAUAAUGCCCUCUGGUCCGAGACAUUCCCAUAAGAGAAAACUUACCUACCUUGUUAAAUCCUCUAAGAAUCUUGUAUGUUUCAACAAAGUUGCUUCUCAUUCUUCAGAACUCCAAUAAGUUCAGGCCCAAUCUAUUCAGCCUCUACCUGCUAUCAGAGUUGAAGAGUGUGGUGCUGGAAAAGCACAGCCGGUCAGGUAACAUCUGAGGAGCAGGAGAGUCGACGUUUCAGGAUUGUGCCGAAGUUUGUGGGCCCAGGGGGCUGAGAGAUAAAUGGUAGAGGGGAUGGGGCUGCAGGGAAGUUAACUGAGACAGGAUGCUAACUUGUGGAACGUUUCAGAGAACAUCUCUGGGACACCCGCACUAGCCAACCCCACCGCCCUACAGCUGACCAUUUUAACUCCCCCUUCCACUCUGCUAAGGAUAUGCAGGUCCUGGGCCUCCUCCAUCGCCACACCCUAACCACCCAACACCUGGAGGAAGAAUGCCUCAUUUUUCACCUUGGGACUCUCCAACCAUAUGGAAUCAAAGUGGAUUUCACCAGUUUCCCCAUUUCCUCUAUCCCCAUCUUAUCCCAGUCUCAACUUUCCAACUUGUCACCGCUGCCUUGAAUGGUCAUACCUAUCCAUCUUCCUUCCCACCUAACUGCUCCACCCUCCUCUCCAACCUAUCACUUUCACCCUCACCUUCAGCUACCUUUCCCCCCAGCCCCCUCCCAUUUAUCUCUCAGCCCCCUUGGUCCACAAGCCACAUUCCUGAUGAAGGGCUUUUGCCCGAAACGUCAAUUCUCCUGCUCCUCGGAUGCUGCCUGACCAGCUGUGCUUUUCCAGCAACACACUCUUGACUUUGAUUGCCAGCAUCUGCACUCUGUACUUUUUCCAUACCUGCUAUCAACUUAGUGAACCUUUUUUGGACUGUCUGCAAUGUCAGUAAACUUUUCCUUCGAUAAGACUCCAUUCCCUUUGAAAUAAAGGACAACAAUCCAUUCGCCUUCCCUAUUAUCCACUGAAGUUGGAUGCUUGUUUUUCGUGAUCUUGUAAGGACUCCAAAAUCCCUCUGUUAUGUAGUUUUCUGCAAUGUUUCUCCAUUUCAGUAAUAUUCAGCUCCUCUAUUCUUCCUGCCAAAGAAAUUAGGAAAGAGAAGACAGUGGUGUUGUGGUAAAGUCAGUGGAUUAGUAAUCCAGGGUUCUGGGUAAAUGCUCUGGGGUUGUGAAUCCAAAUUCUCACCAUGGCAAUUAACAAAUCCGGAAUGAAGCGAGAUUCAUGGUCACUAUUACUGAGACUAUGGAAAUCUAUCAGGUUCACUAUUGCCCUGCAGGAAGGGAAAUCCAAGCUGAAAAUGUGUUGCUGGAAAAGCGCAGCAGGUCAGGCAGCAUCCAAGGAACAGGAGAUUCGACGUUUCGGGCAUAAGCCCUUCUUCAGGAAGGGAAAUCUGCCAACCUUUCUUCGUCUGGCCCACGUGUGACUUCAGACCCAUAACAAUAUGAUUGACAUUGAACUGCCCCUGAAAUAGCCCAGAAAGCCACAGAGGGAGAUUUAAGGAUGGGCAACAAAUGCAAGCUUGCCAGUGUUGCCCACAUUCCAUGAAAGAAUAACAAAGGCUCUUUAGCCUUGCACAAAACCUUAUUUAAUGAAUCAGCCCCAUCUUUACAACAUAGGAAAGAUCUACUUAAUCAAAAUUUAAUUUGUUUUGUCCUAAUCAAAGCCACAAAUGACAUCCUAUUUCACUGCAAUUGUGGGGCAUUUCCCUCCUUGACCUGCCUCCAGCCUUUGACAACAGUCUUCCACCACCUUUAAUCAGCUGGAACUGUCAGUUCUGUCAAGUCAGUCUUAGCCAGACCAUCUUGAGUAACGGCUUCACUCCAUCUCCAUACAGUGUUACUUUUGGAGUCCCCUAAGAGAAGGAUUUCUAUGUGGCUUCCAUUUCUCAUGUGCAUGCUGCCACAUGGGACUAUCAUCUGAAGACAUGGCAUUGGAGUCUGUGUGUACAUUGAGGGCACCCAGUUUAAUCAUCUCCUUACAGAGAGUUUAAAUUCUUCGUAUUGUGUUUUAAUUGCGUUUCUCUUAGAAGAGUGGAAAUAUCAGUUUAACUUCCCAUGAUAUGUCAAAUGUAAAAGUCAGUUUCACUCACUAGAUGGAGGCUAACAGAUAUGUAUUUGGCUACAAGCUUUCUGAGUCCCUGUUUUAUGAGAUUAACUCCCCCAAGGAAAUUAGAUAAAAUAUAAGCAAUAACUUUUGUUAAAAUUGCAGUUAUAGCAGUAAAUUAGACAAAUUAGUGUAGAAAUAAGCAGUUUUUCAAGUAACCAGAGUGAAGAAAAUGUUAAAGUGGGGUUAAAAUAAAAUUUAGAAAAGCUUUGAAAGCCCGUAACAUCAAACUUGAGAACUUGAACGUCUGAAUUCUGCAGUGUGUAGUGCUGUUAGUGUGACCCUGGGCAUCUGUCUGAUUGUUAACCAUUGUUAUCAUGUGGUGUGCAGUUUUUGAUAAUAGUUAGGAUCACAUAACUGCUACAUUCCUUUAAGAGACAAUAAAUGCAUUUGAAAGCUG